UGCACUUGCAGUUAUGGCUACUACGGAAAUCGCUGUCAAUAUCAAAAAAAUCCGUGUAUAAGCAAUCCAUGCUAUAAUUAUGGCACUUGUAUUAUACAAAACGGUACUGGGUAUUAUGCAUAUAAAUAUCGCUGUGAGUGUCCUUAUGGAUACUAUGGAAGUCGUUGUCAAUACCCUAUCAACGAAUGCCAUUCAUCGCGUUGUAGACAUAACGGCACAUGCACAGAUAACGUAGAUGGUUAUGCGUGUAACUGUCUCGUAGGAUAUACCGGCAAUCAAUGCGAAACUAAUAUUAACGAAUGCUCAUCGAAUCCUUGUCUAUAUGGCGGUACAUGCCAAGAUCAAAUCGAUAGUUAUAGAUGCAAUUGUCCCUUUGAUCGAACAGGAAUCUAUUGCGAGACAGGUAUCGAUAAUGGUAAUGUAUGCCGAAUAAAUAGUUCGGUAUGUAUAAAUGGAGGCACUUGUAUCCCUCUCGGCGUAUAUAACUAUACAUGUAAUUGUACAGCAAAAACGUAUGGAAGUAAUUGUCAAUACGAUAUCGAUGAAUGCCAGUCAUCGCCUUGUAGACAUAACGGCACAUGCACAAAUAACGUGGAUAGUUAUGCGUGUAACUGUCUCGUAGGAUAUACCGGCAAUCAAUGCGAAACUAAUAUUAACGAAUGCUCAUCGAAUCCUUGUCUAUAUGGCGGUACAUGCCAAGAUCAAAUCGAUAGUUAUAGAUGCAAUUGUCCCUUUGAUCGAACAGGAAUCUAUUGCGAGACAGAUAUCACUGAAUGCCAGGCAUUGCCUUGUCAAAAUAAUGGUACCUGUACAGAGAAUAUGAAUGAUUACAAAUGUAACUGUCCGUUAGGAUAUAGCGGCGAUCAAUGCGAAACUAAUAUCAACGAAUGCUCCUCAAAUCCUUGCCUAUACGACGGUACAUGCCACGAUCAAACCAAUGGCUAUACAUGCAUUUGUCCCUUCGAUCGAACAGGAAUCUAUUGCGAAACAGGUAUCGAUAAUUCAACUUUCAAUUCGUUAUGUAAGAACGGAGGCAUUUGUAUCGCUCUCGGUGUGUAUAACUAUACAUGCAAUUGUACCGUAAAAACGUAUGGAAAUAAUUGUCAAUAUGAGAUCAGUAGAUGUGCUUCCAAUCCUUGUCAGCAU